CUAUUCUAGUAAGCAGUUCUGUGAUGAGGCAUUAUUCACACUUUCUACAAAUUUUAUUUUGCUGUAUUUUGACACUGCAGGAAAUUCAACCAAAAUGUUUACCAACAGAAGUUUCAAUUACUUCGAAAACAUGGUAUCAGACAAAAACCAUAUGCACAAAGAGUUGUCCAGCGAGUCAUUAUGUAUUCAAAGGAAUGUGUAACGAAGAUUGUCCAUCAUUUACAUCUAAAACUGACAAUGGAUUUAUAAAGUACUGCAAUAAUAGCGCUAUCAAUUACCUAGAAUGUCCUGCUUUUAUGUGUAAUAAAAAUUACCCCUACUGUUUUGAGGGAAAUUGUCUUCCUUCUUGCCCGGAAUACACAGUCGGUUUCAAUCAUUCGUGUUUAAUGGAGUGUCCAUAUGAAGCACCAUGACGGCGUAUGCUUGCCGUGGUGUCUGUUAUACCGGAGGGAAAUCAUGUUCCAGGAGUUGUCCAAAAUCUCAUCCGUUUGUUUUCCAUUCCCCGAAAAUUACACACUGUUUACACGAGUGCCCUGACUUCACAGCAAUAAAUCAAAAUUCCUGUAAUUUAUCGUGCCCAAUUGAUUUUUCUUUACUUUUCAACAGAAGCUGUUUACAAAAAUGUCCAGCUACGCACCCAUUUAUAGCUGUAAGGAUUUCUUCAUUCAAUAAAAUUUUCAUUUGUACGGAUAGAUGUCCAGAGGAGAUGGCAUCGUACAGAAAUGUUUGUAUUUCUGUGUGUCCCAACGGUACAUACCUUGAUAAUGGACGGUACAAAAAAUGCCUUGAGAAGUGUGAAGACACGCGGCCGUUUAUAUACACAACAACAGCUCUGAGAAAUUCUAUUUAUUAUCAGCAGUGUCUCUCGAAUUGUCCGUCUGGAAAAUAUCGGUAUGCCUUACAUGAAAAAAAUGUAUGUGUCAGUGAAUGCCCAAAAGAAUACUCCAUAUUUAACGGCACUUGUUUAUCAAAAUGCCCUUAUUCCUAUCCCUUGAAGAAUUCUUUAGGCAUAAACGGAAAUAAUAGAUAUGUAUGUGUGAAACAUUGCCCAAGAAAUACAUUUAAAUAUGACAAGAAGUGUUUUCGUCUUUGUCCAAGCAAUUUAGUGCAUUAUUUGUCAAAUUGCUCAUCUAAAUGUCUCGGUAGUUAUCCCUUUUUGCUAAGGCACAACAGAACUUGCCUUUCCGAAUGUCCCUUAAAAUACCUAUAUAAUGGUAGAAUAUGUGACGAUAAAUGUUCGGAGAAUGUUUCUUAUAUAGAAAACAGGACCUGUACUGCACAAUGUUCUAACAGGAGUAUGUUAUAUAAGGAGUCAGUCAUUGGCAAGGAAUGCGUUAAUUUGGACACCUGUCCAAAUGAAACUAUGCUACUGAAAGGGACAAGGGAAUGCAUAGAUAUUUGUCCAAAGGAAACCCAUGUGGUGAUAAAUAACAUAUGCACAAAAAUCAGUGAAUGUUUAAAUUCCUUCGUCUUUCAACCUACAAACCAAGGAAAUUUAUGCACUGAAAAAUGUCCCCAAAAUCUACUUAGCAAUGGAAGACAUUGUGUAUCUCGGUGUCCUGGUAAUAAAGUCAUAAUUGAAAAGAACUGUACAGAUGAAUGCACAUAUACUAAGCCUAGCAAAUUCAAAAACGAAAGUAUUGGUGGUAUCUUUUGCAUAUCAGUGUGUCCAGAUGGGUUUGUAAAUUACAGGAACGAAUGUAUCGACAAAAAUGAAUGUAUUUUCAAUAAGCAGUCGUACGUUUUUAACAAGACUUGCUUCGAAAAGUGUCCAAAAAGAACAGUUCCAAUUAACGAGGGCGACAUGUACCACACAUGUAAGGCAGUGGAUAUUGCUCAGGCUUAUCAGAACGUAGUCACUCUUUUUGCGUACGCUGGGUUGUUUUCAGUCCUUUUCUACUUUGUAUGCUGUUACAAAGGAAGCCUGUAUCGUUUUAGAGCAAAGGCAUGUUGUGAGCAUUCGGCUACAGACACAAACAAUCUAAUAGAGGACACAGACAUCAAGGCAACCAUCAAUGACAAGGAACAGUAUGAAGAAGAAAUUAUCGAAGUCUAACUACAGUGAAAAAUCCAGACAGUAUAUUCCUCCGUGUAGCACAUUCAUAUAUUGUAAACCAACUAUUAUUCGCGUCAAUAUUUAUUCGCGAAUCGUCAGUUUGAAAUCAAUCCACGACAAUUAAUUUUCGCGACUGAAGAAACCUUCAUACAAAUACAAAGCAAAAUAAAUGGUUCGCGGCGAUUCGUGAGUUAGUAGGUCGCAAAACUCGCGGAUAUUUCUCGCGAGUGAAUAAAAGUUGGUUAACAGUAUCCGAGUUUAUUCAUUUAAA